GUGUUUGUGGUGGGUCCAGACAAGAGGCUGAAGCUGUCCAUCCUCUACCCUGCCACCACAGGAAGGAACUUCAGUGAGAUCCUCAGAGUCAUCGACUCUCUGCAGCUGACGGCACAGAAGAAGGUGGCCACACCUGUCGACUGGAAGCCUGGUGAUAAGGUCAUGGUGGUUCCCUCGCUCUCUGACUCUGAGGCCGCCGCUCUCUUCCCCAAUGGGGUGACGACUAAAGAAGUGCCUUCUGGGAAAAACUACCUGCGCUACACUCAGAUCUGAAAACCAAGAAUACAUCUGCUGUUCAGUUUGCCUUUACCUUUUUAAAAUGCUGUUUGUAAACCUAACCAGCAAAAAAAAAACAUUGUCCUGUUAUCCCAAAGAAUCAACAUGUAGUCACUGUAGAACGCAGUUUUCACCUGAAAUAAACAACUUUCACAUUCA